AUGCGUUUGACACCCAAACAGCUCAUAAAGGCAUUACGGCCAGUACUGGGUACCUCUAGAAGCUACCACCUGCCAUUCGCAGACAUAUCAUACGAAGAGCUCAAGGGGCGAGACACGUUCACAAGCGAAAAAACAGCCCGGGCCAGCUCAGAUACAUCCAGAGCACGACUCAGCUCGAUCCUCGAUAAAUUUCCGCUUAUAGACCGCUAUCCCGCAUCUCACAAUCCUACACAGGAGAUAGGUGAUACUGACGUGGUGAAAGACUACCACUCGGGAAAAAAAGCUGCAAUGAUUGACACACGGUUGAAGGAAAGCAUGAGGUUUUUCAAGGCGUUUGUUGGCAGGGAGUAUUUGCUAGGGGAUGAUGCCAUCAUCCGAACUAUCUAUCCUGUUUCCCCGAUCGGGAUAAAUCUAUCUACAAACGAUACAUUUAGCGUGGAGAUGCCGAAUCGCAACAUGACCAUCCUCGGGCAAACGAUCUACGAUUUGGCCAUUGUGAGUAAGAUCGUAUCGAUUAAAUCCCUCAACCCUGCCUUGUCCCAUGAGAUCAAUCACAUGAACUUCCAGAACCUUCUCCCGGGAACCACCACCGAGUCCAACAUCUUGAAGAACAAGUCAUUACUUAAGGCAUUCCUCAAUUACAAAGGCUUUCCCAAGCAUGUCAGGGUUAAUACACCCAGCAAAAGCGGUCUGGAGCCGAUUUCCCGCCAGUUUGAAAAGAACUUGGCGAUCAAGUCGCUACACCAUAUUAUCGGUGAGGUUAACAUGAAGUACGGGAUGGGUGUGGCGAUGGAGUUUGUCAAGAACAAGGUUGUUGAAGGAGACGGGUUGUUGAGAUUUGUCGUUGACAGGAACGGCGGGUGGUAA